AUGGCUGCAGGCUACCCGGUCGACCCUGGCGCUGUCGGGCUUGCGCUUUCCUAUGCACUUAAUAUCACCACCGCUCUCAUGUACACAGUCAAAACCUCUUCUCAGGUUGAAAACAGCCUCGUCGCUGUCGAACGCGUCCUUGAAUACACAGCGAUCCCCGCCGAGGCGCCUCGAGAAAGCAGUCCCUCUACUGCUCCACUGCCCUCUUGGCCCACGGCUGGCGCUAUCGAAUUCCAGCACUACUCGACACGAUACCGUCCCGGUCUUCCGUUUGUCCUGGAAGACCUCAAUCUGUCCAUCCCAGCAGGUGCUCGCGUCGGUAUCGUCGGCCGUACCGGCGCAGGAAAAUCAACUCUCGCUCUUGCGCUCUUCCGCAUCAUCGAGCCUGCCGAGGGCGUUAUCGCCAUUGACAACGUCGACACCACCUGUAUUGGCCUGAACGACCUUCGUCCCAGACUGAGCAUCAUCCUUCAGGACCCGGCCAUCUUCGCAGGUACUGUGCGAGAUAACCUCGAUCCAGCCUCUGUGUAUACAGAUGAAGAGCUGUGGUCUGCUCUUGCGCAAGCACAGCUGAAAGCCCAUGUCGAGAGCAUGGAAGGCGGGAUCCACGCCACGCUGCACGAACGCGGCUCAAAUCUCAGUCAGGGCCAACGUCAACUCAUCAGUCUGGCGCGCGUUUUACUUAGUUCUGCCCGUGUGCUGGUGCUGGAUGAAGCCACUUCGGCUGUCGACCAUCGUACUGAUGCUAUUGUGCAGGAAACGCUGCGUGGGAAAAUCUUUCAGAACAAGACGAUCUUGACGAUUGCGCAUAGAAUUAACACGAUUGUGGAUUAUGAUUACAUCGUCGUGCUGGAACAGGGCCGAGCAGUGGAAUUUGACACACCACAGGCGUUGGUGGAGAAGGGUGGCUUGUUUAGAGAUUUGGUUGUCGAGGCCAGACUCUUGGAACGUUUUACAACAGGCUGA